GUUGAAAGGCGCGCAAGCACAACCGUUCAAAUUUGUGCGUCGCACUGCACCCAAUACUCAAAUAAUUUUUUUAAUUUCCCGCCAAAGUCAAUAUUCUGCAAGUCAAGCCACUGGCAAUAAUAGCCUUCAGGAUAAAAAAAAUACCAGUAAUUUUCACGAGAAAUUUUACUGAUAGCGAACAGCCCGUGGACAUUUUAAAGUUUCUCAAUGAUUUUGUGAUUGUGAAGUGAAAAUGGAGUUGUGAGAAUGAUUUGUGAUCGUUGAGGAUUAGUGGAGGAUUUUUUAAUUUCAAGUGUGGAUUUCUUACGGUGGAUUAUUGUGGGAUUAUUAUCGAUUUUACAGCGAUUGAUCGAUGCUCUUUGAAGAGAUAUUCAGAGUGAAUCGCUUAUUUGGUUACAUUUUUUUUUUAACGUGAGUGGUGAAUUGUCGUGGCUUGAUAUGGUUGACCUGUGAAUAUUUUUGUUGUUUUGUGGAGUUUUUGGGGUGUUGGAUUCCCCCGUGGAUACGAGUUUUAUUUGACCGACGGAUAUUUACAACGAGUGGAUUUUUAGUUUAUUCACGUGGAUGAGGAGAGUUCUUCGGAGUUUGAAAUGGAUACCGUAUGGAUGGACAGGAUCAUGAAAUACCUGUGGAUUAGUUUGGCGGUUUGCUUGCUGUGUGCAUUGUCCCAGGUGCAGGCCGCCGAAGAGACUCAGGUUGACACGCACGAGGGCUCGACGGUUCUUCUCCAGUGUCGCUUCCCUCCAGUCAAACAGAAUGCCACAUCAUUCUGGUUGACACACACAAACAAUGUCCACGAUAACGCAGUAAUUGACGGCAAAGCCCUGUCACCGAAUUACAGUGUCGACAUGGAUCUCCCGGCAGGUCGCUAUGAUCUCGAGAUUCGCAACGUGUCGUACGACAGAAACAACGGAAAAUACGAGUGUCGUAUCAAAGCAACAGGGAGUGGUGUCAAUUUCUACCACAAAAAUGUGACACUGACUGUUCUCAGGCAGCCAGGACCACCAUCAAUAUCACCAACAUCGACACCAGCUACCGAGGGCAAACCAUUGAAACUCCAGUGCAACACGUACGGUGGAAGUCCAGAGCCUGAGGUGAAGUGGUACCGUGGCAACAGCCACAAGGAACUCCACACCGGACGUGAAUUGGAGAUCGUACCCACCAAGGAUGAUGACGGUGCCAUAUUCAGGUGUGUCGUUAGGAAUCGGGCAAUGCCCGUGGGAGAGUCACUGAAUGCCACUGUGAGACUUGAUGUUAAUUACUUUCCCCGUGUGACUGUUGGUCCGGAGAAUCCUCUGAAGGUAGAGGCAAAUGGUAAAGCCAUUCUCCGUUGCAACGUCGAUUCCAAACCCAAAGUCAGCAUGGUACGCUGGAUGCGAGACGGUAGUUUCUUUGCAACGUCAUUUGACCACACGAUACCCAGAGUGACAGUUCAGGACGCUGGACACUACACCUGUCAGGCUGAUAAUAUGCUGGGACGAGCUGGUGAGGCAUCUCUGUACCUCGACGUCCUUUACCCACCGUCAGUUGCCAUCGAGGGUGAUACUAUUCGCGUUGCUGAGGUCGAGGACACCGUCACAGUUCACUGCAAUGUAUCAGCUAAUCCCCAACCGACGUCUGUCGAGUGGUUCAGGGAUGGUAAACCAGAGUUCAGACAGUCCGGGCCGAUUCUCAGGUUCACCAGAGUCAAUGCUGAGAACGCUGGUAACUACACGUGCCAAGCGGUCAAUAUGAUUCAUCCAAGUGGUGGUGAACGUGUGAAUCAUUCGGCAACAGCUAGAGUCAAUAUUCACAUACGCCAUAAACCCGGACCAGCGAAGGUUACACCGGAUUCACCAGUUGCUGUUGAGCAUUCUUCGGUUAUACUGACGUGUAUGGCAAGUCCAGCUGGCUAUCCUGAGCCCCAGUACAAGUGGUUCAAGGAGGGUGAGGAUGGAGCUGUAGCUCAGCCCAUCGAGACAGAUGGACCGCAGCUUCUCAUUGAUUCAGUUACACUAGCCAGCGAUGGUACAUACAGAUGUUCGGCAAUGAAUGAAAUCGGCACUGGUGAAGCGGCUUACGUGAGACUAACUGUUCAUCAAGCUCCAAAAAUAGUAACCAAACUCCAGCCACAUUUUACACGUACUGUUGGUGAUUCGGGAUUUGCCGUGUCCUGCAUGGCUCACGGUAAACCACAACCCGUGGUUCGUUGGCUGAAGGACGAGGAGGAACUCACUGCCGAUGAAAGUUUGUACAAAGUUGUUACCCUGAUGUCGAAGGGCCACGGCAAUGUCAUCACUGUUAACUCAACACUAAGUUUCCUCGGCCACUCACGACCAAGAACUGAUGCCAUCAUUGCCAGCGAUAGAGGCAAAUAUACGUGUGUCUUUGCUAACGAAGUUAAGAAGGUCGAAUCCGAAAUGAUGCUCAAAAUAGCCCAUGCACCGAUUGUUUUGCAUAAACACAGCAAAGUCGCUUACAAUCUUGGGGAUACAGCUGAGAUAAGUUGUAAAGUUCAAGCGUGGCCGAAGCCGGAAUUCCAGUGGAGCUUUGGGUCAAAUGCUGCACCUCUUCAGGGAGCUUCCAGUGAUGGGCAUUACGAGCUUUGGACGACAACCGUUGAGAAGGACGAUAUAUACACGUCGUUCUUGAGGAUAUCGAAUAUUGACACUAAGGAUUAUGGGGAGUACAGCUGUCGGGCGACUAACAUACAGGGACCGGUCACUUCGGUCAUCACACUCCAGCCAAAGGGAGCGCCAGAGAGGCCAACGGAUCUCAGUGCUGUGGAAAUUGGACCGACUUAUGUGGCUUUGCAGUGGGAAGUUGGGUUUGACGGUGGUUUGGCCAUUACCAAGUACUUCGUGUCUUAUCGGAGGGUCCUGGUUGAGAGUGAGGAUCGAUCUGUACCUCUCGAUUGUGCACCACCUCGGGGACCAGCUGGACAGUGGCAAGAGCUCGACUGUCGUCGAUCGAAUCCCUGCAACAUCACCGGACUCGAGCAACACCAGAAGUACACGUUCAAGGUCAAGGCUUACAACACCAAAAAUCAUUCUGAUUACUCCGAGGAGAAGACAUUCACAACGACUGUUGCCAAAAUUCCAUCACCCCAUCGUGUCAGCUAUCAUCCGGAGAGUGGAUCACUCGUUAUCAAUGUUGGGCCAACUUGUCUGUCUGUGGUAGCUCUCAUCGAGAGGGCAGACAGUGUUCCUAAUUCACCAUGGAGAAUUGUCGAUGUUUGGCCUCUCGAAGUUAUGGGCAGUGCACCCACCCAGAGGGAGGGCAUUCUCGAUGAUCCUGACACAUCCAAUGGUGAGCCACGACUCAAGGUCAAGCUUUGUCUAAAGUCGGACAGGGAGAAGUGCGGGGACUGGACUGAGGCUGAAGUGGGACCCUCGGUUAUAAAUCAAGCAGGUGCCCUAGCCACACCAACCCUCAUUGCCCUAGUAGUGAGUGGAGCUGUUUUUCUUCUCUUCACGGCUCUUCUCCUGCUGUUCUGCCGGUGUCGGCGAAAGCACGCAGCAAAAGCCAAGGACUACGAGAUGGACACUAACGCGGUACGUCCGAGUUUGGUAACUGGUAAUGGACAACAGAAUCAAGCACCACCACCUUAUUUUGCGGAGAAUAAAGCCCUCGAGCACAGUUUGGAUCAUGCACUAGCUAUGGAGGACUCGAAAACACCACCGUACGCACAGACUGGAUAUGGUUAUCAUCAGCCCACUCACAACAUCAAUGGUGAGAAUGGUGUCAACAUGGGUUACCUGGACAACAGCUAUUCAAACUCUAAUAACGGUGGAUCCGUCAACUCCCAGGAUUCAAUCUGGCAGAUGAAAUCAGCAGCAGCCAAUGGGGUAAAUCCCCAGUACGAUCUUGGUGGAUAUGCCCCGACAGAGUCCGAUUAUCCAGCCCACCAGCACUAUUUACCACAAAGAGAGGAUUACCGAGAGAGUCACAACCUCAGCCGGCAGCAAUUCUGCACUGAGCCCUUUGCCACUGUUGUCAAAUCGCAGAAGCAUGUUGACUCUCAGUACGACGUGUCAGGACUGCCAUAUCAGGAGACAUACGACGGUGAGCCAAAACCGCCGCAAGUGAGUCUCUCUUACGACGAGAGUUUGGAGUCUGGUUACUCAACACCCAACAGCCGACGACCAAGAAUCAUAAGGGAGAUAAUUGUCUGAGAUCAGGAUAAUGGCUCGCGAGCCACUUGGAUCUAGCAGCGGGCCCCCUAUGACCAUCACCACAUGGAAAUUGUUAUUGAAAAUCAAA